UAGUAUAUUACGUGAUAACUGAUAAAGAAUAAGAUUGAAAAUAUUUUAGAAAAUUCGAAUUUUCUUCAAGUACUAAGAUUUAAGAUAUCACUAGAUCGCUUGCUCCUGUUAAAAACUUAAACGAAUACAUAAUAUUCACAUUUUGUUCAAUCAAUAUUAUAAAAUGUCAACAAAAAUUACAUAUUAAUGAGAACUAAACAAUCCCAAUGAAGAUAAACGAGAAAAAUUUAUCUGCAUAUUCAACAUCGACAUCGCCAGUGGAUAAAGAAGGAUGGCUUUGCAAACGAGGAGAACUUAACAAAGGCUACCAAAAAAGAUGGUUUGUUCUUAAAGGCAAUUUGCUUUUUUAUUUUGACAGGAAAAGUGAUAAGGAACCGCUCGGCGUUGUCAUAUUGGAAGGGUGUAGCAUUGAGUUGGCUGAAAAUGAUGAUCAGUUCAGUUUUAAAAUUAUUUUUCAUGGUCCCAAUAAUAGGAGUUAUAUAUUGGGAGCCGAUAGCCAGGAGUCAAUGGAGCAGUGGAUGAAGUCGUUGGCUUGUGCCAGUUAUGAUUACAUGAAAUUUAUGGUAGCUGAUUUACAAAGGCAACUCAAAGAACUAGAAGAAUCACCUGUUCGAGUAACUCUUCAAGUACCAAAUAACCAAGCAACUCAAAACAAAGAAUCUAGUGUACAAUCAUCUCCUAAGCCACCUCCCAGAGGUCGCAAUAAUCCUUUCAAUAAGCCAGUGAAUAGUCAUCAAUCUCCUCAGCGUAAAGAUAUAGUUUCGUUUCGUAAGACAUUCAAAGAAUUGCACAACCAACUUGGCAGACCUAUACUUAGAGAUAGGAACGAAUGGAGGUUUGGAUUGAUGAAACAAGAAUUAAAAACUCAAGAACCACUCAUUACAUUAUGAUAUGUUCUAUAUUUUUGUUGUAUAAUGUUAUAUAAUGUUUAUACUAUAAUUUUAUUUGUUUGGGAUUUUUUGUGUUAAACUUAAUGGCUCUAUACGUAACAGAAUCUUUAUUUAUUAUAAUAUACAGUUUAUUUUUAUCCAUA